UGUAUACUGUAUACUAAUGUUAUUGUCAACUACGAAUUAUCAAAUAUAAAUUUUUAGGUUAUAUUAUAUUUAAAUUUUUAAUAUACCCUGUGGUAACUAAAGUUAAUACUCGAAUGAUCGCAAUCCUUAUUUAGCUAUUAAUUAUUCUGCUAAACGGAACAUUUGUAAUUGUACAAUAAUUUCUGAAAAAUAAUUAGAUUUUGCUCCUUGAAUGGCGAAUAUUCCAAAUGAACCAGAAUCCUGUAUAUAGUUAGAUCUUUGUGUUCUUAUUUACUAUUUAGGUACUACGAUGUCAUCGUCUAGCAACAAGAAAGAGUCUUUUGAAGAGUUUUAUUCUGAGGUUAAGGAAAUAGAAAAAAGGGAUUCUGUUUUAACUCCUAAGCAACAAAUUGAAAGGUUACUUCGGCCAGGAUCUACCUAUUUUAAUUUAAAUCCAUUUGAAGUCUUGCAAGUAGAGCCAGAUGCCACUCUUGAUGAAAUUAAAAAAAAAUAUAGACGUCUUUCAAUUUUGGUACAUCCUGAUAAAAAUAUGGAUGAUCUCGAGCGAGCACAACACUCAUUUGAGAUAGUGAAUCGUGCAUGGAAGACCUUGGAAAAUGAGGACACUAGAAAGAAAUGCUUGGACAUUUACCAAGAAGCGAAAGAAAGGACUGAACAUAUGAUAGAGCAGAAACGUAAGAAACAAAGGAAAGAAGGCCGUAGUGACGAGCCAAUACCAGAAGAUGAUCCGGAUAAAUUUAAGCAUGCUGUCUAUGUUAUGACUAUGAAGCUCUUUGCUGAUAUGGAGAGAAAGAGGCAACACCUAGAAACAAGAGACAUGGAAGAGAGAAAACGAAAACGGGAAUCGGAAAUUGAACAAGAGGAGCAAAUGUCUUUUGAGAAAGAGUGGGCCAAGAACUUUGAAGAGUCUCGUCAAAACCGCGUGGACAGUUGGAAAACCUUUCAAUCGUCAAGUGGAAAAGAGAAGAAAAAGAAGAAAAUUAUGGGAUUCAAACCCCCUAAACCAAAACCUGAGAGUAGAUAAAAUUUAGUUGUCUUUAAUUAAUUUUAACUGUAUUUUGGUAAGCUAGUAUUAAGGAUUUUGUCUGAAUAAAAACAUACUGAGGAAUUGA